UUCACAGCCACAUGCCCUCCAGCUCCACUGCUUCAGGCACGGAUUAGCUUCGCUAUUUUGUCUUAGUGAACUUUCCUCUUUCGACUCUCAAAGCCCAGUUCGCCAUUUGCUUUUCCUAAUCUGCAAUCUAAGAGGUUCUCUGUUCAAUUCCAAAGGCAACACCUUUUGUCAUGCAAUACUUUGCUUUCAGUGGUUCCUUUUUCUUGCCGAAUUUUAAUGUUAGUACACCAAGAAUGAUUUAUCAACUUUUGUUUUAGAGUAUAAUGGAUGACCAAUCUGGCCAUGGGUUCGAUUCAGAUGAAAGCGACCUAGAAAUACAAGCUGAAUCCUAUGAAUAUGGGAGGAUAGAAGAUGACCUCCCUAAUAACUUAGAUUUCUGUGUAAGUGAAGAAGACAAUGUAUCAGAACAAUAUGUUGGACUAACUAUAAAUGCUGAAGGUUUAGAACCAUAUAUAGGCAUGGAGUUCAACACGAGGGACGAAGCCAGAGAAUUUUAUAUUUCCUAUGGCAGGUGUGCUGGUUUCACUGUACGUAUACACCAUAAUCGUCGUUCUAGAGUUAACAAUCAAGUUAUUGGCCAAGAUUUUGUUUGUUCAAAAGAAGGUUUUCGUGCCAAGAAAUAUGUAUACAGAAAAGACAGAGUUCUUCCCCCACCACCAAUCACCAGGGAGGGCUGUCAAGCAAUGAUAAGGCUAGCUCUGAGAGAUGGGGUUAAAUGGGUAGUAACCAAAUUUGUUAAAGAACAUACUCAUAAACUAAUGAGUCCCAGUAAAGUUCCAUGGCGGGGUUCUGGAAAGCACUUAAUUAGUGAGGAUGAGAAGGAUAAGAGAAUCCGUGAACUAUCCCUUGAGUUGUACAACGAGAGACAAAAAUGUAAACGAAGAUGUGCUGCAUAUGAAGAACAAUUAAAUUUGAUUCUAAAGGAUUUGGAAAAGCACACAGAACAUAUUUCCAAGAAAGUUAAUGAUGUUGUGCAGAGCAUAAGAGAAAUUGAGGAGGAACAGUCUGAUGACUCAGACAGUGGAUGAAGUCAAUAAAGAAGCAUAAAGUGUCGUGUGAUUUGGUCUGUUGUGAAAGAUGAGCUGAGCCUAGCAAGAUGUCUACUUUUGACGUAAAUAAAUGGUUUGGAUUGGUACAAUCAUCAAGGUGGAUAAUUUCAUGAUCCCUGAUGUCAAAUAUGUUUUUGCUGAGAAAAUCAGGCUCUAUAGUGCCUUGGAUCUAGGAAGAAUGUAACAAGUAUUCAUGGAGUUGGCCUGGUUUAUUGUCGGAUGUUAAUUCUGUCUUCUGUCAGGUUUUAUAAUUAUUUGUUUGUAUCUCUAAGCUUAAAAUUAUGUUUCAUUGUAAAAUAUAUACCAAUAUAAUGAAUUGUUUUUAAAUUUUCCUUUAGGAAUGUGAUUGUGUUUCAUUAUAGUGCA